AUGGCUGCUCUUCUGGGUAUCGAUCCCAUCUGCUUGGAACUAAUUCGAAUCGGAGAAAAUUACAACCGACCGAGCAAGAUAGGGACCCCUUUGCAGUGUGCGAUUGGAGGGACUUUACUCAUAGGUCACCAUGAAGUUCCGAUAUCCAGAUUCCCUAGGGCAUGGCUUGACCGACCAUGUAAAAGCACCAUUGAACUGCUGAUCAGUGCGGGAGCGGACUGUACACGAGAUUUGCCCAGCCAGACAUCCCCCUGGAGCACCGCUGGUGCUUUAGCCCUGAAAUCCUCGGAAUGGGCUGGAGAUUUCCAAAUCUUCGCGGUCGUCGUUAGAGGUGGUUCUCAGCUACACGAUGACGCUAUCGUUGUGUUCCGGUCGAUCUGUCGCAAAUGGUCCAAGCAUAAAGAUUCGGAGGCCAAGGAGCAUAUUCAGGCCAUCUUGCAAAUCUUAGAGGGAAUGGUUGAAAAGAAAGAGGGUGAAUCGUUGGCUUAUCUCAAAGCUUUCCAGAAGGCGGUCUCGGAAACGACUGACAUCGACAUACCACUGCCCAUCUCGCAAGGCAUAUCCGACGACAUGCUUGUCCAACAGAUGUGGAGAUCAAUCGACGAUGACAACUUGAAAGCCCUCGAGGACCAAACUCAAAGCAAUAUAAGAAUCAAGGAUCUCCUGAAAGGCGGCAUCUUGACGAAACUGCUCGACUUCGCUGUCGCAUGCUCAGCUGUCACCUGCUUAGACCACUUGCUCACAAAUUACAUGGCCGAAAACGGCUCACAUGAUUGGAAAAGCAAAGCUGUGCUUUAUUGCGUCGAAGAUGGAAAGGAAGAAGUCCUCUUAUGCUUAUUGAAGAAUGGUGCCCAAACCAUGAGAGCCAAUGCGAGAGGAAGCACCAUCUGGCAUCUCGCAGCUGCUAAAGCUUCAUCAUCUAGGAUUCUCAAAGUCUUACUUGAAAACAGCGACGAAACAGAACGAAAAGAUGCCUUGAGAAUGGUGAAUGAGAGUGGCCGUACCGUGCUUGCCAAAGCGCUUGUCAGCAAACAAUACUCAAACGCCUCCAUCAUCCUCAAAUACUGCGGAAAGGAUCGUGCGUGCCUGAAAAGCAGACAUCCAUUACUACCUUACCUUGUGGCAGGUAUUCAGGAUAGCGUCUUACUCAAGGAGUUGCAUGACUGCGAAAUGUUUCAGUUUGUGGCUAAAGAUACACCUCUCAAUUAUUUCCAUAUAGAAGAUUCGGCAGGUGUGGAAGCGGCUCGCCAACUCCUGAAAAUGUUUCCCUACCCUUGUUCCGAUGAGCCUCCAACGCCCUUGAGGAUAUACCUGUCAAAACCCGACUUGAACAUUUACAAGAAAGAACUUGUAACACUUCUUGUCCAGAAAGAGCUGUCUGCCGCACCUAGCGUCAACGGUAUUCAUACCUGGCAGUACUUCUGCAAAAGAGUGUGGGAUUAUUUCAGAAGAGCAUCGGAAGCUGAGGCCUGGGAAGUUGUCGAACUCGUAAAGCUCAUGGUCCAUCUCGGUUGCAUGGACGAUUAUGAAAAAGCUAGAGAAACAUCUGGGCUGGUAGAGAUCGUUUCUCUCUUUGAUGCCGAGUGCAAGGCGUCUGCGUUUACACCUGACAACGACGCUGUACUUGCGACUGAAGAGAUAUUCGGCACUGUUUAUGACACAACUACCUUACCUCAGUACUACAAAAGUAGUGGUAUGGAUAUCAGGGUCAUCAAGUGGACUAUUGCUCACAAUUCCUGGCAUCUGUUUCGUCGUCUUAUACACUUGGAUAUUGACGUUUACAAGAGGGACAAGGGGACAAACUUGUUGGAGUACGUGUGCUCUCACGGUACCGAAUUCAACGGUCAUAGGAUGCUCGUGAAUCUUUUGGAACGAGCUGAGAAAGAUCGUCUGAACGAGCUGAAUCCCGAUGAAGACCUUGGUCUCCUACACCUACUAGGAAUGCCAUAUGGCAAGGAUGACCUAUCUUCAGAUAGCAGUCCCUUGUUUAGUCCUAGUUUUAUCCCGAUGGAAAUCUUUAGUCUGCCACAAGGUCCACCUUACCCUUUACGUUUACGGCCGGGUGGAUUUGCGGCAUUGAGAACACCACGCGACAAUCCAAAGUUUAGCCUACUCCAACGACUGCUUGACGAGCAUAUGGAUUGCCAGCUGCUCAGCAAAAGGGGUAAUUUCUCAGCUCUGAGUACGCACAUAAGAUACUGUUAUCUUGACACGGCACGGCUUUUACUUCUAUGCGGAUCAUCAGAGAUCCUAUCUACUUCUGACAAGUUUGGGUGGACUCCUGUAGCGUGGGCAUGCGCGCAUGGUUAUACGGACAUCAUCGACCAGAUGGUUGCAUCCUCCUGCUCUAAACCUAUUUGGAACUUCCAGGUUGAGGCGACAUUGGGUGUCGAAGCAGCUCCCUCGUUCACGAAGCCCUACCACGGCCUCUGCGCUCUGCACCUCGCGGUACUUGCCUCAGCACAGACUGUGUCGUUUCUGCUGGAUCGCGGCUUUGCCUCGGACCUUGAUAUCACUGAUGCGCAAUCGCAUACCCCUUUACACUUUGCCACAAUGUUCGGGCAACUGGAAACUAUCAAAGAACUUGUUUCUCGGGGAUCGAAUAUCAAUGCCAAGGACUGCGACGGAUGGACUCCCUUACACUUCGCAAUCAAUUUCAACAAGAGAGACACUGUUGAACUUCUUCUGGAGCUCGGCGCGGCCCAUAUGGAAACGAAGAAAGGAGAAACGCCGCUCGACUUUGCGAUACCCAAGGAACAA